AUGGACCCGCUCUCACCGACCUCGGCACCGUUUCGCUCACCUGCUCCCACCCAGCGCGAGCCAAGCGAGUCGUCGUCCGCGAACUUCAAGUGGACCUACGCCUCACCGGACUUGAACGUGCUCCUCUGCGGCCAGAUCAUCGACCGGCACCCUCACCCUGCGCCCUCCUCCACAGCGACCUUCCAGUUGGACAAAGGCCGUGAGAGUAUCCAUAUUGUCAGUCAGCUCUGCCCCCCCCCGUCGGCUCUUCUUUCGCGUCGAUCACCUCGCGCGUUCGGGAGACACUUGCACUUCCCCCUUGCUGACAUCUACUCUACUCCGCCGCGCGAUGGCUCCUCGGCGAUCACCUGAACAGCAACAUCCCUCGCUCGUCACCGUCCACUCGACCUCGACAGAACAGUUCCUCGUCUCGAUCAACACCCGUACACCCGUACUCUCCAUCCCCAUUCCCAUUCCCUCCUCGCCGUCUUUCUCCUCCGCGGAACAAGAGCCCCUGUCGAGCGUGACCGUGCAUUUCCCCCUCGUCCCGCGCCACCAGUACGACGAGCUCGUCGCCUCUUCGCUCUACUCGACCAUCUUCCGCGUCCUGCUCGACGGACCCGAGUUCGUCCCCCCUCACUUCGACCCGGACGCGACCCCGCCUUCGUCCCCACACCUGAACCCACCUGCCACCCGCGGCGUCGCCCAUUCCCCGACACUACAACGCGCGCUCUGGUCCCCUUCACUGAGUCCCCAAAGGAGAGCCCAUUCCCAAGGAUCGGAUACGAGCGUACCGCCUCUAUCGUUGGGCCUCGCGAGCGCUCGAGCACCUUCACUCACCCGUCACUCGACGCGUACGACCCCUUCGAACCCGACCCCACCUAUCGGAUUGUACGCUUUCACCGCUCCGAAACCUCAUCUCCCACUCUCGACGAUCUACACGAACCACGUCUCGGACCAAGUCAAACGAACGACCGAACAGAUUCUACGAUUGAGGAAGGAGCAAGAAGCUUACACCAAAAGGGCGAGUUUGGAACUCGAUUUGCUCACGAACCGAAUCGAAAGAGCUUCGCACGAGACGGCACCGUUUCGCUCGACCUCUCGGAACGAAAAAGUCGGACCGACGACGACGACGACGGGAACUUCACCCACUACAGCAGUGCAGCGAGGUUUCCCUGAAACGUACGCGCUCGAACGGGCGCCGAAUGCUGGUCCGAGAUCUGAUUCGGUGGAAAGGGAACGAUCGAGGGAUCGGCUGGCGAGUGUGAUCGCGGAGGAAAGGGAACGAUCGAUUCGUGGUCCCGAAGCGGCCAAGAGGGACGAAUCGAUCAGUAGUCGAAUCCGAGCCGAGGAUGAGAGGGAACAAGAAGAACGGGGCAGGUCCGGCAGUCGAGUGGAAAGAGCUUCCAAGGAUGAAGCGACGGGUAGGGACACGAGUCGGACGAGAAGGAGCGAAUCGAGGAGUGGGAAAGCGGUCGCCGAAGUCGUGGCGGCGGUGAAGGGAACUUUGACCCAUCUCGUCGCACCGACGAAUGAGGAUGUCAGUUCUGCUUCGAGGUCCAGGAGCCCUUAUAAGGUUGGGCAAGUCAUUUCGGCGACUUUGGAUGAUGAGGAUCAUCUCGGGGGAGAUGAUACGCCCGACUCGAUCACGCCUUCCACCUCUGUGACGACUACCAGCAACAGUACGCUUCAACCUCAGCCUCAGCCCCAGCCUCAACCUCAGCCUUCGACGAGGAAGAAGAAUCUCGAGGACGGGACUGCGAUCGAUAAUUUUGUACCGAGCGUCAAUUCAUUGGUCGCGAUUCCCGAGACGGAGGAAUUGGCGCUGGAGGAGGAGGAGGCGAAUGAGAGACGGGGGAGGGACGCGAGGACUAGGGAACUGCCGACGACGACGACGGCGACGGCGACGGCGACGGCGACGACGACAAAGGAGGAGACGAGUCUGGUUGGCGAUGAGGAGGAUGAAGAAGGUGCGUUAGCAUCUUACAGAUGACAGCGCUAUGGAUGGCGUGAUGCUGAUUCCUGCUGCCGUUCUAUCGAAUUCAGAACACGAUGCCCCCUUUGAGAUGGACGAGGACAUUGACGUUGAAGAUCUCGAACUGGGCAGUCCCCCCACCUCGACUGCACCUGUUCCCGUAUCAACGGGUGACGUCGAACUUGCGGCCGCGAUCGCCGCACCUGCUUCACCCCAAGUCACUGCCUCGACCUCGUACCGACCCUCUUCAUUCCGUCCUUCGACGCUAUCUUCUUCGUAUGCCGCAUUGUUGCAGACUUCGAUGGCGAGGCAACAACAACAACAACAACAACACAGCUAUCAGCAACACGCUUCAUUCAAAUCACCCCCGACCGCAGCGACGUCGCUCUCGUCCCCUCCGAACGCCUCCUCAUCCUCUUUCCGUAUCCCACCUCUCGACCUCUCAGCCACCCUCAGCGGAUCCCCACCCGACGCUUCACACUCAACUUCAACGACCGCGAGGAAAGAUGCCCAAAUCGCACUACUCGAAUCUUCUCACGACCAAGUCGAUCCCGAAGCGAUGAAACAGGGCGAACAAAAAUUACGCGAGGUAUUGGCGAUCGAUGCACCCAGUCAUCGAAGUCCUUUACCCCGCAAGGGGCAACGGUUCGUCAAUUCGGGUAAGACUUUGAUGAGCAGGGGAGGGGAAGAGAUUUUGGAAGAUGAGGAGGAGAUCGAAGGGGAUCAGGAACGUGCACAGAAUCGUUUCGCCGUCGGUUCUCUUCCUAUCUCGAUCGGGAUGGGUCAACGUAGACGAGGUGAUGGUGGCGGUUUGUUCAAUGGGGAGAUUGGAGCGGGUGGUACAAGGGAUCGAGAGGGGGAAAGGGAGUUACAACGCAAGACUUCGGUACCUGUUAGGGAGGGGAUGUUCGUUCCGCCUCUCUUACCCAAGAGGAAGGAGACGAUCACGACGACUUCGGCCGUCCCGUUCGAUUUGGCACCUUCGAGACCGAGCGCAGCUUCGACUUCGAAGAAGGCGAUGGGCGGCGCGAUGACGACUGGGAACGGUGGACUUUUGGCGACUUCUUUGGCGAGGUCGAGUCAGAAUUAUUUCCCUGUUGUUCAAAACAAGAACAGGAACGAACAAGGUCAAAGCGCGGACGUUCCGACUUUAAGCGGGGAUAUGGACCUCGGACGACGAGGUUCGCUCCAUAGGGCUGGAACGGGGACGACGAAGGACGCGAGGAUCGCGGAGGAUGAGAAUGAGGAUGAGGAGGAUGAAGAGAGUUUCGUCCCGCCGCAUGAGAUGGUCAAGGUCGGAAGGUCGGACGAGGAAUUGUUGAGUCGGAGUGUGGAUGAUUAUUGA